CGAUUUUAUUGUUAUUUAAUUUUGUACCUUUUUUAAUGAAAAAUUAAGAGAAAAUUCGCUGUUUUCUUAAUUUAAAGCUCGCAAUGCAGCAUGGGAAAUGAAACGGCGCGAAAAUAGGAAGACAUUCUAUAACCAUUGAAAGCUUAUUGAAAAGGUACAGCUUUUGAUCAGGACCUCUAUAAAAGGAAGUUUUUAUUAUGGAUCAAGUAAUAGAAGAAGAUGUUAUCGAGGAAGUAAAGGAGCCUGUUGGAAGCUUAAACUUUAAAUUAACUUGCUUUGACCGUAUGUUAGAAUUCUUGAAAGGCGAAGACACACCAGAUAACCAAACCAAGCUCGCUUCUCCGACUCCAGAAGAAGAAAUUUUGGAGGAGAAACUCUUGGAGGAUUUAGAGCAACUGGACGGAAAUGUAAACGAUGAAAUUAGCAGCUUAGAUGAAGAAAGCAUUGCAUUGCUUUUAUCGGAAUCGGACGAAAGCGAAACCGAAACAACAAUGGACGAUACACGACAAGAAGGAGAAAUUGAAAUCUUCGCUGCCACGGUCACAGAUGAGGAGAAAUGUACUAGCUCAAGGUCUAGCGAUUCUAUCGUUUGUUUAGAGGAAACUGCAAUUCCGAAUGAGAAUAAACAGCCUUCGAUUGGCGAAGGGGGACUAGCUAAACGAGGCAAACGGCUUGGGAAUAAAUAUAUUACAGUUCCCUGUUUAAAAACUACACAUGAAUUCAAAAGAGCUUUUGGAAAGAAAUAUAGGUUGUUUUUGAAACCAAAGAAAGCAAGAGUGAGUUAUUACAGUAACUACAAGCGAAAAAUGGAGCUACUUGUUAAGCUGGAGGAAUGGGAGAAAUGGUUGAAUGACUGCGCUGUGAACGAACCCUACAUCAGUGUUGAAAACAAAGUGGACAAUACUCCACCUCCUACUGAUUUUGUUUACAUUUCUCAAAAUAAAGUACCUUCGUUUCUGGAUCAUUUGUUCGAUCAUAACUAUCUGGUGGGUUGUAAUUGUCAGCGUUGCACACCCAAAUCAUGCGAGUGCCCCAAGAAUAGUGGGGGCGUAUUCGCCUAUGACAGAUUCGGGCGUGUACAGUUUGAGCCUGGGAAGCCAAUUUAUGAGUGUAACUCUAAGUGCAGUUGCUCAGAGUCUUGUAGGAACAGAGUGGUACAAAGGGGAAGAACCGUGAGGGUGACUAUCUUCAGAACAUACAAUGGAUGUGGGUGGGGGGUCAAGACAAUGGACCCCAUUAUGAAGAACCAGUUUGUGACGGAGUAUGUCGGGGAAGUCAUCACCAAUGAGGAGGCAGAGCAUAGAGGACGGCACUAUGAUGCCGCAGGCCAGACGUACCUGUUUGAUCUCGACUACAAUGAUGGGGACUGUGCCUAUACUAUUGAUGCAAAGAAAUAUGGCAAUAUUUCACACUUCAUCAACCAUUCUUGUGACCCCAAUCUGAGUGUGUUUGGUGUUUGGGUGGAUACACUGGAUCCACAGAUGCCCAGGAUUGCCUUCUUUGCAAGACGUGACAUACCGGCUGGGGAGGAGAUUACAUUUGACUACCUGAUGACUGCUGGCGAUAGUUCACCAACAACCUCUCCAUCCAAGCCCUCAAAGUCCUCCAAUCACUUCCUCUGCCACUGUGGUGCAAAGAACUGUAGAAACUAUCUAUUUUAAUCCUGAAACCCUAGGUACACAUAGAUGAAAAAUUUGAUCCUGACCUCUCAUUUACUUUGUCCUGUCAAUGUGCUAAAUGUUUUCUUAUCCUCCAGCUUUUAUUGACAUUUCAGCCUAUCAUAUUUUUGUUCUCUUCUGUACUUUUUGUAUCUCAAUGAUCAUACCACAGAAGGUUUAAGGUGAUGUACCACAGGCACAAAGCUCUAUUUGAAUUGUAUGGUUGUCAGGAUGACUUGUAAAUAAACAUAAAUUAUGUCAUAUGA